ACCCCGGCCCGGCAGAGGCCGCAGCUCUGUGCUCUUUGCUUUGAUCCCCUUUCCCAGUCCCCGAGAUCAAGCCCAGCGCCCCCUCUCUGAGCUGCGGCCCCAGCCCCUUGCCCAGCCCUUUUUAAGAUUUCUUUUGAGACAAGGUCUUGCUGAGUUGCUAAAGCUGAGCUGGAGAAGGUGAAACCCUCCUGCCUCAGCCUCCCAGAGUGCUGGGACGACACACGUGUGCCACCCGAGGGGGCUCAGAAACAGCAAGUCUUUGAGGCUGGGUGGGGACCCGGGGGCUGGGACAGUGAGAUGCCCUGCAGUGUGGGUGGGCUGGGCGUGUGGCGGGGUUCAGGCAUGGUUCCCGCUCAUUGUCACCCCCUGCCGCUGCCCCCCUGGACACCCCAUCCUGCGGGCUGCACAUUCUGCCCCUGCGUAGGAUAUACAGGCCUGAAGGAUGGAUGGGUGGCAGGCCCGUCUCGUGAAUCAGGAAGGGUCAGAGAGGGCAACAAACUCACCCAGGGUCACCCAGCAGCUCCAGGGCUGGCCAAGACACCCAGUCAGGCAGUCAGAGCGGGUGACACGGUGGGCCCCUUCCCCACAGCCCCCAGGAAGCACUCAGCCCCUAAGCUGUGUGCUCUGUCACCCGGCAUGCCCCUCCCACCAACAGUAUGAGUGGCCCCGAAUCAGCCACGGAGACCCCGGAGCCCAGGGACCUGGGCCUGAUGGCGCAGCCCACCUACUGCAACCUUGGAGAGGUCCGCGCCGGCCUGCUGCCCUCCAAGGCCUGCCGGCCCCGCACCCCCGGGUCCCUCUCCUCCGACUCCCAGCCCCCGCCCCUGCCCAAGAAGACCCUGACUCGGACGAAGUCCCUGCCCACUCGCGGAGUCCCCGGCGCCCGCCCGGCACAGCCCCGGAGGCCACUCCUGGCGUCCCACAGUGUGGACGGGUGCCAGGGAGAGACGGGGCCCGACGGUCCGGCUGCAGAGCUGACCUCGGGCCACGAUGCUGAUGGUGAAGACGCGGCCACGGCGCUGGGCCUGCGGCUCCACGGGCCCCACGGCCCCGAGGCCCUGCACGCAGCGCUGGCCGCCCGCGAGCUGCAGGGGCUCCGCGCCAUCCACGCGCGGCUCGGGGCGCGGCUCACGGGCGGCCUCCCGGGCCCCUGCGGCGCGGGCCACAGCUUCCGCCUGCUGGAGCUCGCGCCCUGCGCCGAGAGCGGGGAUGCGCUCUACUACCGCGUGGUGCGCGCCGGCGACGACGCGUGGCACGUGCUGGCGGCCAAGGUGCCCAAGCCCGGAGCCGGAGCCGAGGCGCCCCACGCCUGGGGCCUGGAGCUGCAGGCCUGCCUGCCGCCCCACUACAACGUGCAGGGGCUGUGCGGGCUGCUGUCCGAGGGCGCGCUGCCCGGGGCGCCCUGGCCGGGCCGCGUGCUGCUGGCCGCCGAGGUGCCCGAGCGCACGGUGGCCCAGUGGCUGGCGGAGCUGCGGGAGCGGCGGCCGGAGGAGCUCGCGUGGGCCGCGGCCAUCACGCUGCUGCAGCUGAGCGCGGCCCUGGAGCUCCUGGAGGCGCGGGGGGCCGCCGUGAGCGAGCUGCGCCCCGAAAACCUGCUGCUGGCGACGCCGCGGGGCUGCGCGGCCGCCGGGCCCCCGCGCCUGCUGCUGGCUGACUUCGGCCGGGUCCGCCCGAGCCCCGCGGGCCUCCCGGGCGCCCACGCGCCGCAGCUGGGCCGCCUGCUCCUCGCCCUGCUGGGCCCCGACCGGGCCCCGGCCUCGGCCCUGGCCGCCGGCCUGCGGCGCCUGGCGGCCCGCCUCCCGCGCGCACGGCCCCCCGCGGCCGGGACUCGGGGCGCGCUGCAGGCGCUGCUCUGGGGCCCCGGGCCGGGGCUGCGCGCCCGCGGGGCUGCGCUGGGCACCUGGCUGCGCGUGCGGCGCGCGCUGCUGCUCGUGCAGCUGGCGGAGCGGGCGGCGGGCGGCGCGGCGCCGGGCCUGGAGGAGUGGCUGUGCUGCGGGUACCUGGCCUCGGCCACCGAGGCCUCGCUGGCCCAGGCCCUCGAACUGCUGUGGGCCGACCCCGAGUGACCGCUGGCCGGGGCGGGGUGGCAUCUCCGGACUCUGGACACCCGCGUCCUUCAAAGCCCGGCCCUCCCCAAGAGCUGCGCCCCUUGGGGUGCUGGGCCCAGUCGCCGUCUCCGCGAAGUGGACACUGGCGUCAAGGGGGACAUGUGGGUGUAAAGGAUGACCGCUGGCCUCUUGCCAACUACGGCCUGCUGAAUGGGGCAGGGAAGCACGUGGCUGUCACCUGAGCACUCGGAGGCUGAGGCAGGGCCAUCUCAAGUUCAAGCCCAGGCUGGACAACCGUCCCCAAGCGAUGAAAGGCCUGGGGAGGCCACUCGGGGAAGCCCUGCCACCAGCAGCACUGGAAACCACAAUCACAGGUGGUGGCCUCCCAGCACCCCCCACUCUGCAGGGGUCCCCCAGCCCAGUCUCCCUCUAGCAAGUCAGGGCCCAGGCCCGUUGCACACGCAGCACCCCUGGGGUGCCUACCCUGCCACCCUCCAGCGCCUCCACCAAGCAGCAUUGCUCACUGCUAGGGUGCAGGACCUAGACUCAGAGGUGGUGGGCCCCAAGUUACCAGUGGCACCCUUCCUGUUCCCACAGCAAUCCCCACACUGGACCAGGCCCGCUCCUGCCAACGCCCCACACCCUCCUGCCUGGAGUUCACCCUCAACCCACGCUGCAAGGGGUCCCGGCCAAUGAGCUGGGUCAGCCCAGGGCAGGACACAGAUGUGGCCAGCAGGUGGCGCUACGGCCCUAUGGGACCAAGAGCCAGGCUGGUGCCUGUGUCUCUCCAGUAGACUGGACUGGCACUGCUGUCCCCUGCCCAGUACUUCCGGGUCUGCUAGCAGCCUCCAAAGGCAAGGCACCUGAGGGCCACACACAGGGCAGGCCACAAAGUGUCCUCAAUGUCCAUGGUGCAGCAGAGUGCGCCAGGCCGAGAUCCUAGCCCGGGUGCCCACAGCAUAGGGACCCUGCCUUACCUUCCUGGCUGGGGGCCACCCCUGCUGGUUCCACCCAUGGUCCCCAUCCCAGCAACACCAGAGUCCACACAGGGCACGGAGGUGUCACCACGUUUAUUCAGAUUUUUGGGAGCAGAGAACAGUGGAUUCACGCCUAACUUUCCAAGGCGACAGACCCAAGACCUCGGCCACCGAGGGCUCCUCCAGGACAAGGGUCCGAGUCAUCUUCAACCAGCAAUAAAAAAGUAAAAUAUAAAUUUUUAUUUAGAAUUAAAGCAAAUACUUCAGUAUCACAAACACAACAUUAAACUUCAAGAAAUAUACCGCUAA